GCUGAUCUGCCUCCAUUUUGUGCCGUUUCCGUGUUUGGGAGCGGGGCAGACCGCAGAGCGAACCGGGGCAGACACACGCAGUCAGCGGGAGAAUGGCUCUGCUCGCAGCUCAGGAGUGCGGACAAACUUUGACGUAGCUUCCCGGAAGCGUUGGCAGAGUGUGUGAACCGCGUCCACCGGGCUGUUGGCGGCUUGUUCCGCGGUGUCGUGUCGCAGAUCUCCGGAAGAGACUCCUGACAGCUGGAAGUAAACAGCUAGCGGCUAACGGCUAACUGCGGCUAGCUGCAGAGGAGCCGCCACCAGGCUAACGUUAGCCGGCUGCUCGCAUCCCCGCGACCCGCCCGCUCCCUCCCGGCCCGAGCUCCUGUCAAACCCCGCUCCGACGUCGACACAACAACGACACCUCCCAUCCAUGUUGGUGCGGAGGACGACGCCAGCGCAGCUCCUGUUCUUCCGGCCAGGGUGUCAGUGUGCGUCGCCCCAGCUGAGUUGGUGAAGUCACCUGACGUUACCCCCACACAGAGACGUGCCAACAGAGGGACAGGAUGCCUAUUCCUCCCCCUCCCCCCCCACCCCCGGGACCGCCGCCCCCACCCACCUUCAAUGAGGCGAACACGACUGCUCCCAAACUGAGCUCAUCUGGGGCUAAAGGCAGAGGAGCGCUGCUGACCGACAUCUGCAAAGGCGCCAGGCUGAAGAAGGUCGGUGUGGUCAGUGACCGGAGUGCACCCGUUAUAGAGAAAUCAGGAGGAAGUGGCGGAGGAGGAGGAGGAGGAGGAGGAGGAGGUGGAGGUUUUGCAGGCGGCGCCCCAAUGGGGAUGGGGGGGCUCUUUCAAGGUGGUGUGCCAAAAUUACGCCCAGUUGGAGAUGGUUCAGCAGGGGGUUCAGUAGGCAGAUCUGCACUGAGGCCCCCGGGGGCCCGGUCCGCGGCCCCUCGCCCCCCAACGGGCCGCUCCAGUUCACCCUCCCCAGCAAACAAGCCCUCUCCACCGGAGCACCAGCGCUCCCACCGCCCCUCUCUCCCCGACAUCUCCCGUCCCUCCAGCAGCAGCAGCGGCUCGUCCUCAGGCGGCGGGAUGAAGCACAGCACCUCCGCCCCGCCCCCUCCUCCACCCUUCAACAGGGGCGGCCGUGGCAAUGCUCCGCCCACCCCCAACCAGAAAGCACCUUCCACAUCCUCUCAUAGCAGAGAGAAGCCCCUCCCCCCAACGCCCAACCGAGGUCCCACGCCCCCCAGCUCGGUGAAGCCGCCAUCUUCCAGCAGACCUCCAACCGGGGGUUCCUCUGCUCCUCCGCCUCCCCCGCCAUACAGACCACACACGUCAGUCUCCAACGGGCCUUCCCACGUAGACGGGGGCGGCGCUCCGGAGCUGCCACAGAGGCACAACUCGCUGCACAAAAAACACACAUCAGGAGGCAGCAGCCAAGGACGAAGCCACGCGCCUCCACCUCCUCCUUCUCCUUCUCCAUCUUCUCAGCCGGUCCCGAGACCUCCACCACCUGCCAGAGAGCCGCCUGGACGCAGAGCAGGUACAUCUCCUUAAUGUGUUUUAACCCUGUAAGACCGAAGGCAACAAAUAAAACCUCAGUGUCAAACCAACCACCUAAAACCUGAAGAGCUGACGGAAUUACUAACAUUCAUAAACACUUUAUUUCUAAGCCUCUGAAGCAGAUACAUAAAUAUAUAUUUGAUAUUGUAAAUUAUGCCUUUUCCCUAAACUUCAUGAACAUUUAAAAAAAAACGACAAAGCCGGCAAACUCACAGAGAUUCUUCUUCUUCU